AUGGCGACGCCACGGACAACAAAACGAUACGGGCGUACCGGCAGCGCUACCAGACGUCAGCCUGAACAGAUGACUCUGAUGAGUUCGUUUCUGAGCGCAAGAGACAGCCCUUCUCCCGGGCUCUCAAACACGACUCCCACAACGCGAGAGAGGGAAAGAAACGAUUCGGUCGCGUUGAAAAGUGCGGGUGCGAAGAUUGAUUUCGGAGCGAGUGAAGAUCCGAACCAGGGAGCCUCCAAUUCACCUCUCGUAGGACGCGUCACAAAACCUACGGCGACGAGAGAUUCGAAAACAAGACCGACUCUAUUUAGACGGACCCGAGGAGCCAGUAUUUUCGACACGGAGCCCUACAAAAAGGCGGAUAUGACAUCUGGGGGAUCUUCAAGCGAGCCAGUAGCAACAGCAGACCCUCCAACAUCAGCAGGGCGCGCUGCUACACGUGCCAAGAGAAAUUCCACGAAGGACAGUACCAGCAGCAACGACACAAGUGUUCAUGAGAGCCAGGAUAACGGAUUUGAAUCGCCAGCUUCUGAUACACCCAGGACCAAACGGCAGACUGGGAAGCCUACAGCUACUGCCACACCGCAAGCCCAGAAGAACACGGGAACACCUACAGCAAAGGGAAAGAAGCCAGCGAAACGUCAGACGGCAACCCCAACAACCAAGGUCCGCCUCACUCGGUCGAGAUCGCGAUCAUCGAGCCCGGCAGUCAAGAACAGCGCUCCAGACAAGGAAGAUACACUGGUGAAAUCAAGUUCGAGCAACGGCUCAUCCAAUGGAAUAUCCCCUCGAUCGUCGCAGACACUGUUUUCGUCUCAGCUUGUAGACACGGGUAACAAACUGGCUAUUGACAUUGAUUUGGAAGAUACCCAGAACGACAUGGACGUGGAUACGCAAACACAAACGAAGGUAGACAUUCAGGCUGAGAAGGAUAAGGAUGAUCGGAUAGUCUUCGGACCCAAGAGAUUGUUUGCCUCUGCUGAGAACAACGGACUCAGUGGCACUUCGAUCUUUGGUUCUGCGCAGAAGCGCAAGAUUAGGGGUUUGCGUACCAGUACACCCUCCAAGAAGAUGACGGGGAAGAAUAAAGUGGUUGACGGCGACAUUCAGAUGGGCUUGCAGGACAAACCAACACCUAGUUCGAGUUUUGGGUCUUCUUUCGAGAGCUCACAAGGCUCCCAAGAGCCAGUUAGAGCUCCUCUUUCUGUCACCACCAACAAACGAACGUAUGGCGCCAACCGCUCUUACCUUGCAGACUCGCCCACCAAGAAGGAAAGCAUUUAUGAUUCAAUUAUGAGUGAGAGCAGCGACGAGAGCGAGCAGGAGGAGCUGAACAUCAAGAGUGUGCAUGAACUGAGAGAGACUGGAGGAAACGCACGAUUCAUGGACGAAAUGGAAUAUCUUGCUGAGGGGCUCGAGGAUGAGGGUAGUAGUCGUCGAACGACCCUGCUGGAGAUUUGCAAGAAGGCCAAAGAUCCCGAUUUCAUCAGAAAGCUCAAAACCACAGACUACGCGGACAAAAUCCUCCAUGUUCUUCCUCAGGUGGUCGAGACCGAUCAAGUUGCCUCUUUUCUGGUCUUGUUUAUUGCCCAGAAGAUCUUUGGAGACAAUGGAGCUAAUGUUCUGGAUACAGUAAUUAACGAUCCCAAGUUUCUGGACAGCAUCUUUCUAUGUCUCGAUAACACAGAGAGCAUUUUAAGAGACAAAAAGUCCAGUAAGGUUUUCCAGAAAGUGCUCAAGGAGUUUGUGGAUGGCACAACUUCUGCGUCUGAUGAUGAGCCCACGCCUUCACCUGCUCUGGCUGCUAUUGCUACGCUAUCCACUCUCCAAACUUACCCUGGUGCCUCUGGAAGCACAAUCUUGAAGGCUUGUCUACAACCAAACAACUGGGACAAGUUUCGAAAGUUUGCAACCAACGAGUUUGAAAAGAAGGGAUACAAGGUGCUGCAACUGGUGGUCUUUUUCCUAGACUUUUGCCAGUCUGAUAUCUUCUUCUCUUCGCUGGCUUCUACUCUAGAUGAGCUGUCGACACAGCUACAAAAGGGACAGGUCAACAGCACGCUAGUUGACCUUUCUCUGCCUGUUCUACGUCUUUUGAUUGUGCAUACAAACGAGUCUAGCAUCCCUGAGUUGGACGGGUCGUUUGUGCUGAAAUGCAUUACUCUUGCAGAGACUCUACACGAGCGGUCUGAAGACACCAAGCUCUACGAAGUAUAUCUACUGUGCCUGGGAUUCCUCGAAAACAUCAUUGGAGCUCUGACCUCCGACUACAAGAAGGUCUAUGACAUUUUCACCAGGUUGGCCCGAGGCAAGGAGGACAAGCAUUGCCAAGCGUUCCUGACAUUGUUAAGAAAAAAUGUGGCUACUAGAGGAGCCCUGAAGCUUUCUGCUCAGGAAAAAGCAGAGCUGGAGUAA